AAACGCCAUGGAAACCCCAGUCCGUCUCACGGUCCUGAUAUCAGGCAGCGGCUCCAAUCUGCAAGCAGUGAUCGACCAGACCAACGCAGGCGCGCUCCCCACAAAAAUAGUCCGAGUCCUGUCAAACCGCAAGGAUGCUUUCGGUCUUGAACGAGCAAGACGGGCAGAUAUACCUACACACUACCACAAUCUGGUGAAAUACAAGAAGCAACACCCUGCGACCCCGGAGGGAGUGCAGGCUGCGCGCGAAGAGUACGAUGCAGAGCUGGCAAGGCUGGUCCUUGCUGACUCCCCGGAUAUGGUGGCUUGCUUAGGCUUCAUGCAUGUGCUGUCCCCCAAGUUCCUAGAACCGUUGGAGGCAGCCCGUGUUAGCAUUAUCAACUUGCAUCCCGCGCUACCGGGAGCUUUUAAUGGAGCUAAUGCCAUUGAGCGCGCCCAUGCUGCUUGGUUGGAAGGCAAGAUCGACAAGACCGGUGUUAUGAUCCACAAGGUAAUUUCUGAAGUUGAUAUGGGUACUCCGAUCCUUGUCCGAGAGAUUCCUUUCGUCAAGGGAGAAGACGAGGAUCUACAAAAAUUUGCACAGAAGGUCCACGAGGUUGAGUGGGGGGUUGUUAUUGAAGGAAUACAACUUGCGAUCCAGGAGCUGAGGAACGAAAAACAAUGAGAAACGGGUACGUGGGAUCUAGCAUCAGAUGGUGUUACAAGCACAGAAAAAAAAUUUAAAGGCUCAAAUGAUGCAUGUGAGAAAUGCAUUUGGUAUGGGGGCUUCCAUGACGGUGGUUGAUAUGACUUACGAUUUUCAUCUUGCGUAUGUACACACGAAGAUACCAUCAAGACAGUAGGCAAUAUGGCUGUCACCAUGUCUUUAGAAAAACUAAAUUAUGCAAUUUAAACCAUCGUAUAGUUAAAAAUCUAUAUCAGAUUUCAGUUGUUGACAAGUCCGGCGGGCCAUGGGUUGGAGGCAUAUUGAUCGAAUAGAAAUCCAAAUCGUCCUCUUUCGAG